AAUUAAUCGAGUCCAUUUUGCUGCUCACGAGGGGAGGGAUAGGGGAAUAGCUCUGAGAAUUUCCAAUGCGCAUGAUCAGUAUAUAGCUACACAAUGCAAAGAUCAAAGUGUUGACUGGGCGUCGUUUGAAAACUCCAUCAAAUUUUAUAAACCGGCUCGAAAAUAACCUCAAAAAUGCGCUCUGAGGCUGUAAUAGAACUCCAUAUUUCCGAGGAAACCCAAUGAUUGACAAAAUCGGGCCAGAUCUGCGAGAGAGCCGUGGUUUUUUGAGAGCAGUUGUGCAAAACGCACUGGUCUAGUUUCCCCUGUCCUGCAACACGAACAUUCCAAAGUUAACCAUUUCAUGAUGUCUGACAGGGCUUGUAGGAAUUUUCAGCCCAACAUCUUCAACAAGAACAAAUGCCAGAACUGUUACAAGCUUAAAGAAGCACACAGGGCUUCUCAGACGAUCACAGAUCAGAAGAGUUUAGCAGGUUUGGCAAGUACGAGUAGUACAGCAACAGCUCCUACACCAACCUCUUCUUUCAAGGCUAGCAAAGCAAAGAAUACCGUGAAGUCUGGAGUACUUUCCAUCUUCAUCCUAGAGUCCAGUACAGACAAGACGAAAACACAACAGAACAAAUGGAAUCGUCGAUGGAUUGUGCUAAAUUCCUCUGGCAUCGUUGACUACUAUGUCUACGACGAGCUCAAUAACUGUUUUACAGACAUCCAUGUUGGCAAGCUCAUUUUAGAUGACUGUACAAACGUCUUUGUUGGAGAUGUAGAUACAGGUGAUCCAUUUUCUAUUGGCCUCAACACACCAGACUCUACGCACUACUUCAAGGCAGAGUCCCAACUAGAGAUUGAUAGCUGGACUAGGGUGUUUAGGCCAUUUGUCCAGGCUGCAAAAAAUUAUUCCAGGCAGAGAGGAAGUCGUAACUCUGUUGGGUCUAUUGAAGCUCUCACUGCUAAUACUACUCAAGUACCAAGCUUUAACUUCACUAGAGGGUCCAGUUUUGGUAAAGCUUCUUUGACAAGACCAGCAACUCCACCCAGGGCAUCUAGUACUCUACCAAAGACCAGGUUUACUGCACCUGACUUAGAUCUUCAUCCUACAGAUGAAUCGCUCAAACUGGAAUUAGAAAAGCUACGCAAGGAGAAUAAGGAGUUAAAAGAAAAGUCAACGAUGACGACAAGGCAAAGAGAAUCACUUCACAUUCUCGAACAAGAGCUAAAAUUAAAAACCAACAAAGUCAAGGAACUAGAAAAAGAACUUUCGAAAUGCAAGGAUUAUCAAAAGGCAGUGAUAUUUCAAGAACAAGAGUUGCAGGAUUUACGUUUUACCAUCAAAGAUUUGAGACAACAACUUGAAGAAUCGGAGAAAAUGUCCAAACAACUCAAAGUUAAGCUAUUAAUCCAUGGAAAAGAAUUAGCUGAGGCAAAAGCAGACCUCGACGAAGCGAAUAGUAUCAUAAGUAUUCAUAAAGCGAAUAUAGAGGCUUUGAAAAGCGAGGUUUCCAGUGCAAAGCAAGUUUCUGGAGAUCGAAAGGGAAGGGUUAUUCUGUCGGACGAGGAGCCUGAAAGUGAUCGAACAUUUAGUUUUGGGGCAAAUGGCGAAGAAGGACAGAAACAAGACUUGGAGAGUAAACUUGCUUUUCUUGUACAAAAGUUAAAACAAAAUGAAAGAGAACUUAUGAUAAAGACGAAAGAACUUGAAAAAGCGAAUGAAAGUCGGUCAAAGGUAGCGAAAUACACUCGCUCGUUGUUGCAGGAACUUGAAACAAAGUUGAGCAACAAUGAACGAAAGUUGGCCGAAACUGAACAUCAGUUAAAAAAUAGUAAUAUAGAGUUGGAGUAUGAACAGGAACAGAAAGCUAAGCUGGAAAAAGAAAAGCAAAGACUAAAUGCUGAUUUGGAAAGGUUAAUUGACUUGAAUAAAGAGGUUCAUUUGCCCAAGGAUGCUGUUGCUUUGAUGAAAGAAGCGAAAACCGAAAAACACGAAGACAGGAGCAAAGCAGAGCUGGUAGAAGCCGAGCAAAAGUUAGGAAAAGUCGAAAAACAGUUCGCAUCGAGAGAAAAAGAAUUUCUAGAUAAAAUUCAAAGUCUUGAGAAUGAAUUAACAUCGUUGGAGAGACUUAAGAGUGACAGUGAAAAGAAGUUUAAAGAAAAUGAAAAAAUGUUGAAGGCGGCUUAUGAUGAACUUGAAAAAGCGCGCCAAAACCUCGAGCAUCCGAGGGAUAAGUCAGUUAAACAAGAUAAAGAAAGUGUUUCAGAACUGAAAGAAAUUAUUUCUUUGAAAGAUAAUGAAUUAAAUUCUGCUAGCGAAGCUUUGAGCGACUUUGAGAAAGACCUUGCGGUCCUUAAUCGCAAGAACGAAGAACUGGAAAAAAAGCUAGAUUCGAUGGAUGAAAAACUCUGCGAAAGUCUUGAGAAACAGUUUUCUCUCUCUGAAGAGAACGAGAAAUAUUCAAAGGAAAAGAGAGAACUCGAAAGUAAAAUUAUAUUUUUGGAGGAAAAGGUUUCUGACUCGAGUGGAGAGAUUUCGACUUUAAAAAUGGCACUGAGUGAAUCUAUUUGUGAGAAUGAUUCCAACGUUGAAGUUGAACAGGAAAAAGUACGUGAACUUGAAAAAACCUUGAAUGAGAAAAAUAAGGAAUUGGAAGAAAUAAAAUCAUCGUUAGAAGAGAAGGAAAAAGAAUUUGGUGCACUAAAAAUGGAACGGGAGUUGAGUGCUUUGAAGGCUUCAGACGACGAUGAAAGCGUUCUCAAGUUGAAAAAACUCGAAGACGAAAUCGGAAAACUGAAUAAAAACACGGAAGAACUUAUUAGAGAAAAAGAUAAUGAGCUAAGCGUGUUGCAAAAAGAGAAUAGAAGACUUCAAGAGAAACAGAAUCUUCACAAAGACCAUCGAAAAGAAGAAGGAGAACGCGUCGCAGAGCUGGAGGAAAAGAUCUUGCAGUACGAAACUUAUCUUACCGCAGCGAAGGAAACGAUUCUAGAAUAUGAAAGCAAAAUAAAUGAGCUUACUUCCCAAGACAGAGGAGACGAACUCGUAAAAAAGAACCAAGAGCUUGAAAAUAAGAUCGAAAUUCCUGAAAAACAAUUSGGUGAAUAUCGUGAGAAGUCGACUGUUGCAGAAGAAAAAUUGCAUGCUCAUGAAGUGGAAGAAAAGCUACUUGCGGCAGAGCUUCAGAAGUGUAAGAAAGAUGAAAUAGUCACUCAGGAAACCGCCAUUUCUGUAUCUAGUGUUGAAGAACUCCAGAACCAGCCUACAGACCAGCAAGACGAAAAAGACACUGAUUACAAAACUCUCCUUGACGAAAGAACGUCCCAACUUGUAAAGAGUGAAAAGAGAGUUGUUGAGCUAGCAGAAGAAUUGGAAAAGCGAAUGCAACUGGAGCAAGAGAUUUCUGAGUGGAUGGAGGGAGUUGAAGCAAGUUUAGGAAAAACAGAGAAUGAUUUGUCAAGUACAAGGAACGCUCUAAUCGCAAAAUCUCAAGAACUCGACCUCGAAAAGACUAACGUUUUGGAAUUGGUUGAAUUAUCGAGGAAUUAUAUCAAGCAGCUUGAAAGCUCUCUUGCAGAAGAAAAAUCAAGAGUAGAAGAAAUGAAGAAGAAACUUGAGAACGGUGCUGUUGUUGAUGUUACCGACGGUGUUGGAGAAGGAACAGUCAAAACAUCCAAGGAACAUACUUUUGAUUCUUUUGGUGGUAUUCGUGAACGUUCAAAAUCUUUCCGUGACAUUGCCGAAAAACUAGCCUCGAGUGAGAAAGAAAGAGAAACUCACAAAGCAAGAGUGUCGGAGCUCACUCAGGAACUCGAGGACACCAAACAACUACUAAACGAAAGGCUCGAAUCUGCAGAACGAGCACAUCAAAAGGACAUGAAGAAAAUCAACGAAGAUACCUUCAGAGUUUCUGGCGCAGCCAAAACCGAGGGAGACGAGCUGCGUUUAAGAUUAACGUCGCGUGUCAUCACUUUACAGUCAGAUAUCAGUGAAUUKAAAGCGGCCCACCAAGCUCAGAUUGAGAAACUCAAAGUACGACACAAGAAGGAGCUAGAAAAGGCACGUAGAGAAGCGAUACUCGAGUACAGUAUGAAGCAGCCGAUCAUGGAGAGCUCUGAAGAAAUGAAUGCUUCUGUCAUUGAGAUGGAGGCCGAAAUGAAGGACAUGGUUUCAAGGUACGAGAAUCAGAUGGAGUUGUUAAAACAAAGCCAUCAGCGUGAGAUGGAGAGGAUUAAACGAAGCAGCGGCCAUGGAGAAGGCUUACAGACUGAAGUAACUCGGCUUCAACACGAGAUGGAGCAAAUGGGCCAGAAAUACAUGAAGGAAAUUGAAUCUUUGAAGGUCAAACACGCAGAAGAAUUAGAUCAACUUAAAACUGAUAUGACACUUGUGAUCCAAGCCUCGAUGGGAGGCUCCUACAGUCCUACAAAAGACGCCACUGAAGAGAACACCCAACAACUAAAAUUGAGGGUCAAGGAAUUGGAAGAAGAGAUCGACGAACUCACUCAUAAAAACAACGAAGAAUUACGAAUCGAGAGAGAGUCUCAACAGAAAGAACUCGACCAGAUUCGCGAUGAUAUGAUGACCGUUAUCCAGGCCGUCAAAUCUCAGCAGUACGACCUUGACCCAAAUACCGAGCAACUACAACGAACUGUCCGCGAACAAGAAGAGGAGAUUAAACGGCUUAAAGAAAGAAUUGAAUCGGGAGGAGAAGUCACGUCUGAUGAAAAUGUUUCCAGAGUUGAAGAACUCGAGAAAGCGAAUCAACUUCUUACCAUAGAAAAAGAAGAAAUGGAGAAAAGUCUAAAAAGGCAAGAAGCGGCGACAAUGUUUGGUCUGCGGAGAACGGAGGAAAUGAGUAAUAAAAUAUACCAAAUGCAGAAAGAAAUGGAGGACAUUGAUCGUAAGUAUAUGAAAGAAAUAAACGUAUAUAAAGAAGCGUACGAACGAGAAAAGGAGAUAAAGACGAAAGGUGGAGAAGGCCGUGGUGGAGAUCUCGAGACGCUUAUUCAUGAAAACGAAGAAUUAACCUUGGCGCUUGAGGAAUUGAGGCUCAAGAUGGAAGAAGAUGAGUCACUACAUGAAAAUGAACUCAAACUUUAUAAGGAAAAGCUAGCACAAGAAAAACUUCUGGAUGUAAAUGAUUUAAGACUUCAAAUCAAAGGUUUAGAAGAUAGUAUCGAGGAAAUUAAGCUUGAACACAAACGAGAAAUUGAAGAAUUACAAGAAAGUCACGAAAAGAAUGUGAAAAGCUUGAACGCUGAACAUGAUAAAGAAGUCCGGAAUUUAAAAAAGGAAAGCUUAAGCUCGACGACGACAGGGAAGAAUAGCAAACUUCCAGCUUGUGAGGAACACAAAAAUCAAAUUCGAACUUUGGAUUUUAAGAUUGAAGAACUAGAAUCUUUGUUGGAAGUUAAGAAACGUCGGCAUAAAGAAGAGGUUAGGAGCUUGAAAGAACGUUUGGACGAGGAGAUAAAAAGACGUGUUGAAGAUGAAAGAAAUUAUGAAACUAAACUAAAAGGAUAUGAUGGGACUCGAAGGACUUCAUUUUCAUCAGUGGCACCCGGGCCUGGUGCUAGUGAGUACUUUAGAAAACAGUUAACAGAGUUGAGAGCUGAGAAUCGAAGUCUAAAGGAAGAAAAUGAGGCAUUACGAGCAAGGAAAACUAGUUCUGGUGAUAAGCCGUCAAAAGACGCCAAAAGACAAGGUUCAGAACCAGAUUUCCAACCCUUAGCUUUACGGAAAAACUCAAAGGAAGGCAAGCUGCCUCUGAGAAAAGCUUCUUCCGACUCUAGAGUAAUGGAAACAGAGUCUUCUAAAAGAGGUUACCGUUCUCAAGCCUUUACAAAAAGCGAGCCAGUUGAGAAACCAUUUACACGGCAGUCGUCCAAGAAUGAAGUUAAAUCAGUAGCAGCACGUGUAGCCAUGUUCCAGACGCCAUCCAAAACCGAUGACAAGUCGACGAGGACUAAGUAGCUUCAGAGAUCGUUGGGGUUUGUGAAGGAAAUGAAAUCAUCAAUUUUUUUGUGUUGCAAAUAAAAUAUCAAAGCUUAGAGCAAACACAAUAAAAACUAAUAAAUAAUCCCGACAAUAAAGCAUUUAUUAUUGUUUUCAAAUAUUUGACUGUUUCAUCCAAGAUAUUACCAAAAAUGUAGUUCAAGUAUGUGCAAAAAAAUUCAUCAGAAUGAACCAGCCGAAUAUCUAAAUAAAAUUAACCAAUAUUAUUUUAUAGCUUGAAGGAUUCUGGUUUCUAUCACCUAGAACAUGUUUAUAAAAUAAACAUCACUAUUAUGAUGAAUGUCUAUAUUCUCCCCAGAUGCAAUUAUGGUUACGGAUUGGCCAGGGAGGGAGAAUCUUGAUUUUCAUCAAGAUACUCAACAAUAGAUGCCGUGGGUGGAAUAAUAUUUUUCUAAAUAGUAGUAGUAGAAUAUUCGUUGUAGUAUUUGUAUUUUUAAAAAUCGUUUUGUCAUUAUUAUUAGCGAUUAUUAAGGGUAUGUAACUAUAUUUGGUAUAUCCCAUUUGGUAGAACAUUGCACCAAAAUGCUAUUAAAUAUUUAUUUGAAAUUGAA